GUGAUUAUGUCGUAGCAAAGUUUUUUGCAAUCCAACUUUGUGCCUCCUAUCUUUUUUUUUUCAAAGCUGAUAUAUGAUACUUUUUUUUUCCCCCAAGUAUCUCGAUAUUGGCUACUAAGCUACUUUAUCGAUUGGAAUUUUAAAAAUUGAUUGAAUGGAAUUUAUAAAAUUUGACUUUAAAUUUUGUUAACUAUUGACUAUCUCAAAUAUAAAAUCGAAACGUGUAUAUUUGCAGUUGAACAAACUUUAAACAUGACGUCGCACAUCUCGAGAAAUAUCAAUUGUAUGACUAUUCCUCCUCGCCUCGUUCCCUCCUCCCACAGUCUCAAGUCCCAAGCAGUGCUGCCAGACCCCCCGCCAUGGGUCAAGCCGCGCAUGUGUAAUGGAUGGCAAAUACAGUUAUGUGUAUUAUGGGCGCUUAAUUUUGGCGGGCCCAGUACUCUCAGUACAGAGGAUAUCUCAGUAGUAUUUUUGCCAAAUAAAAUAUUUUUCUUAAUUACAGAAAAAUGUGUAUUUUUUAUCAUUAUGUGAACAUUCUACUCUCUACUUAUCCACGCACACCUGAGUGUGUAGUCACAAGAGUCUACAGAUUUGUGAUACGUUACUGUAUUUCAACUCGUAAGCGCAUGCGUCGGCCUACCGUGCCGGGCAACCCGGCAAAAUCUGGCAGCUCUGGUCCCAAGUCCCAACACUCCCAACCGCUCUUCAACUCUUCACUGUCAGUUUUGUUGAUUCGGCGAUAACAGCUGAUCGUGAAACGAAUUAGGUAGAAUUUUCGUCGAUAAAGAUCGCGCUCCGGUUAAACACGAUAUGUUGAAGCCAAAGGCGCUCACGCAGGUUCUCAGUCAAGCGAACACCGGAGGUGUGGAAAAUACCCUAUUGCUCAACAGAGAUGGUGGAUUGUUAGCAUACAGCGGUUAUGGAGACAAGGAUGCCAGGGUCACAGCUGCUAUCACGAGUAACAUUUGGACAGCUUACGAGAAGAACGGACGAAACGCUUUCAAGGAAGAUGAAUUACAAUUUGUUCUCAUGGAUUGUAUGGAAGGAAAGGUCGUUAUCACGGAGGUAGCCAAUCUACUCUUGUGCUUGUACGCGAAGGAGACCGUAGGAUUUGGACUCCUCCGCGAGAAAGCACAGGCGUUGGCCCAGUAUCUCGACCAACCUUUAAAAACAAUAGCAAAUAUGCCCUGAACAUAUGGAAUCACUUGAUCGAUCUUUCAGGAGUCCGCCACAUCUCUCAAGAAAAAUCUCUUGGGAGAUUACGAAUUUACCUUGUAAUACUUAUUUAUUGUUUAUAAGAAUUUGUAAGUUAUCGUGUAUAAAUAUUUUUUAUUAAUUCGUAUA